CUCCUUCUUCCUGGAAAUUGCUCCUAAUGCUUUUGAAUAUUGAGCGUGUGUGUGUGAGAGAGAGAAAGAGAGAUGCCUUUUCUGCGUCUUGACUUUUCCUGAAUCACAUGGAUCCAAUAUAAAUACACCAUCUCAGGCCUUGCAAGGUUUAAUCCCGUUGAUUGCUUUGAAAGCUCAUAUACAAAACAAAAGAGUGCUUAAGCUUAAAGAAUCAAGAAAAACAUGGUGAGGGCUCCUUGCUGUGAGAAGAUGGGACUGAAGAAAGGGCCUUGGACACCUGAAGAAGAUAAGAUUUUGAUUUCCCAUAUUCAAAAAUAUGGCCAUAGCAAUUGGCGUGCACUCCCUAAGCAAGCUGGUUUAUUAAGAUGUGGGAAGAGUUGCAGACUCCGAUGGAUAAACUAUUUGAGACCUGACAUUAAAAGAGGAAACUUCACUGAGGAAGAAGAGGAAACUAUCAUCAAGUUGCAUGAAAUGCUGGGAAAUAGGUGGUCAGCAAUUGCAGCCAAAUUACCAGGAAGAACAGAUAACGAGAUUAAGAAUGUGUGGCACACCCACUUGAAGAAGAAGCUCAAACAAAAGCAAGAUUCUAAUAAUCAACAACUAUACGUGACAGUACCAAAAUGUGAAGAUCUCAGCAUCAGUAACCCAUCAGAAUCUGAGAAUUCCAAUAUCCCAGCUCUUCCAGGACAAUAUGAAAGUCCAGGGCAAUCAGCAAUGUCACCUCAGCCCUCUUCUAGUGAUCUCUCCACCGCAACCUACACUUCAGGUGCCACAGCCGAAACCGACGACGUCAAGGUCGAAACUAUGGACUCAUCGGAGAUAUAUUUCCCGGUGAUCGACCAAGAUUUCUGGUCAGAAGCAGAACUAAUUGACAGUUCCAGCAUGGAAUUGGCAUCAGAUAUGGUAGCAGCAUCAGGAUUUAAUGGCAACUGUCUAAGUAUUGAUGAUGAUAUGGAUUUCUGGUACGAUCUAUUUGUCAAAGCCGGAGACAUAGAGGAAUUACUAUAAUUUUUUUUUUUUGGAGACGCAAAUGAAUUUUUGAACAUCCAGGGGAAUCUUGCAAGAAUUUGACCGUUAACCUGGAAAACAAGAAUAUUCAAGUUUUCCAGGGUGGGCCAAAUUUGUCCAAAGCGCAGAAAAUAUACAUCAUUCAUUGACCAAGACAAUUAAGGGCAGAGAUGAAUUCUGACACAGAAGAAUUAAAGGGGAAGAAAUGAGGAGGUUGGACAAGUUUUGUAUAGUGAGUAUUAGAUAGAUUACCCAUUAAUUCUUACUUGCUCUUCACUGCAGAGACAUUUGAAUUGGCGUACACUUGCUCUCAGAUGUAUUCGUUGUUAAUCAAUCACCCUACUGCUUUGAAUUUUCAAUAAAAGCUAGCUGGAGCAGUUCUUUCAGAAACAGGGAAAAAAAAUAUCUCCUAAUAUGAUGCUGUUCGA